GAUUUCCAUUCUGAUCAACGGAUAAAGGGAUUAACCUGUGAAAAAUGGCUGAUCUAACCAAGACAGACGAACAGGAAGUAGAGAAGAGUUUGGAUGAAGAAGUGGAGAAAACACCUCUUACUUUAGAGGCAGAUUCAGGUAUCAGUUGGGAAGGCGAUAGUUCAACUUCGGGUACAGUGCACUCCACUGAAAAUGAAAAAGAAGUUGAUAGUGUUAAUCAGGAUGGCAGAGCAAAAAGGAAGAAUGUAGAUUCUGAAGAUGAACCACCUAAGAAAGUACAUGAGACAGGCCAUGGGCAAGCUGUAGCUGCACAUUAUAAUGAACUUCAAGAAGUUGGAUUGGAGAAACGUAGCCAGUCUCGCAUAUUCUACCUCCGAAACUUUAAUAAUUGGACAAAGAGUGUCCUCAUUGGUGAAUUUAUAGACCGGGUACGACGGAAAAAAAAUGAUAUAACUGUUUUGGAUCUAGGAUGUGGCAAAGGUGGAGACUUACUGAAAUGGAAAAAAGGCAGAAUUAAAAAACUUGUGUGUACUGAUAUUGCUGACAUUUCUGUGCAACAGUGCAAGCAGAGAUACGAAGACAUGAGAGCCCGAUGUCGUUAUAAUGAACGUAUUUUUGAUGCAGAAUUUAUACAAGCAGAUAGUACCAAGGAUCUCUUGUCUUCCAAAUACAAUGAUCCAGAUAUACGCUUUGACAUUUGCAGCUGUCAGUUUGUUUACCAUUACUCAUUUGAGACAUAUGAGCAGGCUGACAUGAUGCUUAAAAACGCUUGUGGGAACCUUGCUCCUGGAGGGUAUUUCAUUGGUACAACUCCAAAUAGCUUUGAACUUGUAAAGCGACUUGAAGCUUCAGAAACAAAUUCAUUUGGGAAUGAAGUGUAUAGUGUAAAAUUUGAAAAGAAGGGAGAAUAUCCCUUGUUUGGUUGCAAGUAUGAUUUCCACUUGGAAGAAGUUGUUGAUGUCCCAGAGUUCUUGGUUUACUUUCCAUUACUGGAAGAAAUGGCGAAGCAGCAUGGUAUGAAAUUAGUCUACAAAAUGACAUUUCGGGAAUUCUAUGAAGAAAAAAUCAAGAAUGAAGAGCAUAAAAUGCUGUUAAGGAGAAUGCAGGCCUUGGAG